UGCUGUGAAUCCGCCUUCCCGGUAGAUGUCUCUUUGAAAAGCGCCCGAGCGAAGGGACGACCGUCGGAAGGCGUUCGCCUUCCCCCGGCGGUUUGCGGGCCUCUCGGCGAGCAGCGCGCGCGGCGGAUUGGAAAGGGAAAAAAUACCUAUAUAAAUAAGAAAAGGAGGGGGGGGGGAUAAAAAAGAGAGGAAGGGAGAGAGGAAGCGACAGCGGCGAGGUUUCGCCCCCGCCCCCAAACCGCCCGGGAUCAUCGAGGAAACAGGUCACGAAACAGCCCUUCUCCCGGAAGGGACAUCAAAGGUGCUUCUAAAAAGCAGCAGUAACAGGAGGAGUUCGAGCCCUCGAGCCCAGCAGGCUCCGAUCCCCACUGCCUGCCCGCCGGCUGCUUCCUAACCGGAGACCACGCGGCGACCCACGGCCCCCACCGGCCGGCCCCGGCUCCCCUCGUCCCCCCACCGGCCGGUCCCCAGCGCGUGGGUCUCCGCCAGCGACGCCGCAGAGGGAAUCCCGCUGCCGGAGCAGCCCGUAGCGCUCCCCCGCAAGCCGCCCGGACGCCAGCUGAAGCCGCCUACCCGGCCAGCUCCGAGCAAAGGAGGCCGCAGAAGAAAAACCGGCAAGGGCAGUGCCGCGGCGAGCUGCAGGUGGAAAAAUCCAGACCAAGUCAAAGCAAGAAAGAAGCAGCCUUCGUGCUAUUUGUGUAACCUCCAGGCGGGAGAGAAACGGAUGCUGGGGAAAGAAUUCGGAGCCGCGGAGAUCCUCGGAGACUGAUAGGGAGAGAAUUAGAGAAACAAGUUGGCAGAGCUUUAAAAAGCAGAUUUGCAAACGCUGUCUGUAGGACCGGCCUUUUCCCCCAGGUUUGGGCUGGGUUUUCAGCAGAAUAACUCUCAUGGAGAGAUUAAGAACGCAACUAUUCCUGGACAGACUCAGAGCAUUUCUGACACUCUGAUCUGGACACAGAGCCCCCGCCCGCUCCCAGGAAGGGCUUCGACUCUUGUUUUCCCUGCCUCCUGGCGAGGAGCCCCCAAGCCAGCCUGCUGCGGGGAGCGUGACGGGAUCGUGGCCGGAGGCCCUCGCACCGCUGGAUGCUCUGAGCAGGUGUGAUGGAGCCCCAGCAGCCUGUGCCGACGAAGGGGGAAGGCGUCAGCAGCGAAGGGACUGAUCCUGAGAUCUGCCAGGUCCCUCAGGGUUUAGAGGAGGUCGUUGAGGGGGAAGAAAUACCAGCUGCUGGCCAGGAAAGCCAAGAGCCUGAUGAGCAGGACCAGACCGCAUGCAACGGGGAGGAAGAAGUGCCUCCAAGCCCAAGGCAGGAGGAGCUGUGCUGCGCCUUGGACCUUCUCUCCAUGGGUGAUGCUGAGCGGCCGGAGAGCGAGGAGGUGAGAGAAGAGAGCAAAGGCACCCAAGAGAGUUACGCGGCCACAGCGGAGGGCGACCGAGCUGCCGGAGAGGCCUCGCUGCCCGAUACCUCCGUGCCCAGCUUGGGUGCGGGGGCUGCGGAGCCGGCGCCUGAGCCCGCCAAGGCCCAGUCCCCAAGCCGGGAGCGGGAGCACGAGACGGAUUUCUACUGCGUGAAGUGGGUUACGUGGAAAGGCGAGCGGACACCCAUCAUCAUGCAGAGCGAGAAUGGGCCCUGCCCGCUCCUGGCCAUCAUGAACAUCCUCUUGUUGCAGUGGAAGGUGAAACUGCCCCCACAAAAGGAGGUGAUCACGUCGGAUGAGCUGAUGGCGCAUUUGGGGGACUGCAUCUUAUCCAUCAAACCCCAAGAGAAAUCGGAAGGGCUGCAGCUAAACUUCCAGCAGAACGUCAAUGACACCAUGAUGGUCCUCCCCAAGCUCUCGACGGGGCUGGAUGUCAACGUGCGCUUCACGGGUGUCUCGGACUUUGAGUACACACCUGAGUGCAUCGUCUUUGACCUCCUCAACGUCCCGCUCUACCACGGCUGGCUGGUGGACCCACAGAGCCCAGAGGUGGUGCAGGCCGUGGGCAAGCUCAGCUACAACCAGCUGGUGGAGAAGAUCAUCACCUGCAAACACUCGAGCGACUCCAACCUGGUGACCGAAGGCCUGAUCGCGGAGCAGUUCCUGGAGUCCACGGCCUCGCAGCUGACGUACCACGGGCUGUGCGAGCUCACGGCCGCCGUGAAGGAAGAGGAGCUGAGCGUCUUCUUCCGCAACAACCACUUCAGCACCAUGAUAAAGCACAAGGGCCACCUCUACCUGCUGGUGACGGACCAGGGCUUCCUGCAGGAGGAGGGGGUGGUGUGGGAGAGCCUCCACAACGUGGACGGCGAUAGCUGCUUCUGCGACACCGACUUUCAUCUCAGCCAUGCCCUGGGCAAGGAAGCGGCCGGCGCGUCCUCCCCGGAGCACCAACUGCAGCAGAGACAAGUGGACCAGGACUACAUGAUCGCCCUGUCCCUGCAGCAGCAACAGGGACAGGGCCCCUCGGCGCUCAGCGACCUCGAACUCGCGCGCCAGCUGCAGCAGGAGGAGUAUCAGCAUCAUCAUCAUCAGCAGCAGCAGCAGCGGCCGGCUCCGGCCCCCACGCAGGGCCGCGCGCAGCCGGGCGCCCGGGCGGCCGGAGAGCGGAGGCAGAGGCAGAAGCAGGACUCAGACUGCGUGCUCCUGUAGGGCCCCCCCCCCUCUCCCCCCCACCCGGCCCCGCGCCCCAUAAGGACUCCUGGAGGCACGGCACCCCCGGGUGCCCGGCCCCAUGUCCCCCCUCCUCGGGGUAACCCCGUCUCCCCUCCAGCCCUGCCUGGGGAGCCGUGGCCGGGAGCUACGACCCGGGACGAGGGGUGCUCGCAGGGGUCUCCCGUACUGUGCAGCUUGCCCCACUCGGGCCUCCGAGGAGACCCCAGCCCCAUGGCGGGGGGGAGGGAGAGGGGGGCUUGGGAACAGGACAGAGCGGGGCCAAGGUGGGGGAGACAAGGCGGUGGGGUGUCAACCCCCACCUACCUCCGGGAUCCCCAAAUCUUUCCAGUGGCCUUAAAACGGGGGUAAACUCCCCUCUCCCAGGGUGAGGGGUGUCGCCGGAGCACCCACGCACCCUGGGGACACCCACGCACCCUGGGGACACCCUCUCCACCCCCCCCCCAGCGCCACGCACCUGAGGCGGGGGGGACACCCCCGGUGUCCAUAACGCUGCCUUAGCCGUUUGCAAAUAAAAACGACUUUUCCCGUUGCA